CGUUCGAGAUAAAUAGACAAAUACCCGAAGUAUAAUCGCUCAGUAUAGUUCAGAAUAACCAUGGCCUGGUCGCAAGUCUCGCCCACCCGCUGGGAACGAGCCCUCAGCGGGAUGGAAGAAUACUUCGUCUUCAUCGGCGACAUCACCGCAGCGCUCUACGACGGCCGCCAGCAAUACACCGUCUGCUCCAAGGUGAAAGUCGACCUCAACAUCCCCAACCCCGAAGCCGCCCUCCGCCACGCCUGGAAACAGGUCCGGCACGAAGAGCCAGACAUCGCCACAACCCUCGAGCCAGGAAAGAAGGUCUACGAGGUCCUCAGCGACGCCGAGAUCGAGGAGACCUGGCUCGAUUCGACAUUCGUCGUCGACCGCGUCCACGACGGCGAAGAACUGUACCGCCUCGGCCGCAAAUCCAAACCUGCAACGCUGUACUAUCUCCCGAAAUCAUCAGAGCUGGUCCUGCACGCUCACCACGCUACCGUCGACGGUAUCGGCAUGAUCAUGAUCUGGCAUCGCUUCUUCAACGCUGUAGCCAGUCCAAACCACAAUAUCACGUUCGGGGACGAGCACGUCCGUCUCGCGCCUGCGCUGGGCAUCGUCCUACCAGGCCCGGACUCAGAAAACCCAACACAAGAACAGAAAGAGAAAGGAACCGCCCUGCUCAUGGAAUACAUCACCAACCUCCCCGCCAUCGGCCUGCCCUCUAAAGUCGGCAAAGUCCCCGCCGGUGCAUGCCAGGCUAUGGAGUAUGUCUUUGACGAGGAUACCACGGCGGCGCUGGUCGGGGCUUGCAAGGCGCGCGGGAUCACAGUCACUUCCGCUGUGCAUGCUGCCUACAUCGCCAUUCUGAGAGAGUAUGCGGACUCCGAGUCGAAUACGGCACGGUAUACAUCGUCCGCGGAGUUUAAUCUGCGGGGACACCUGGAGGAGCCGUAUUGCGGUGCUGCGGCGGCGAAUUAUUAUGCCCCGCUUCCUUUGACCAUAGAUUUGAGCCAGCCUGGUGGUGGUGGGUUUAAAGAGACCUCUGCAGUGCUGAAUAAGUACUACCGCUCCACGCUGAAAGAGAAGCCGGAGGUUUUGGAACUCCAGAGUUGUUUUACGCGGGCGCUUGAGCAGGUCGUCAAGACGCCAGAGUACCAGCAGGCGCCGAUUCCGACGGAUGCGCUGGUUAGUAGUCUUGGGGUGGUCGAGAAUUAUCUGCAGAGGUAUUAUGGGGAUGGCGUGGUUGUUAAGGACUGGAAGCUAGCUUGUGAUGUUGUCCUUGGGAUGUCCGGGUUUCAUUUCUAUACGUUUCGCGGGAAGCUGAGGCUUGUGUAUCAGUUUAAUGAGGCGUAUCAGGACCCAAGGGACAUCAGGGUGUAUUUGGAGGGUGUUGAUCGGGUUUUGCAGAGGGAGUUGUUGGCUUGAUUACUGUAUUAAUAUAGAAAACAGCAUAAACUAGAUCAAGUUGAGCCGAAGCAUUCAGACAUCUCAGGCAUUCUGCAUAUGGCUUAACCAUAUUCUUAGCUACCAGGCCAUGUUAGAGAUCACUCAUUGCCCUAGAUUUUAUCUAGCUUACCUACAAUAUCAUUCAACUGCUA